AUGUCUGGGCGUCUAUCUUCUGAUCACUCUCGCUCCUACUCCCAGUCCUCUCGGUCUCGAUCGGGCCCUCACGCCCCUGAUUCAACGCAACAUCCAUCAACGCCUGGCCGAUCGUCAAAUCCCAAUGUUUUCGCGGACGAAUACUCACUGGAGCCUUUAGAGUCGGAGCAGUCGACGCUUACGCCGCGAAGUCCGUCCGUUUCAUCCAUUGCCUCGUCACAUACCCUUCGAUCUUCAUUACCCCAUCACCACAAGCCAUAUAAUACGUCAACGAACGACAAUGAUAAUGAGCUACUAGAGAAUCCGUUUCGGGACGAUGCUCGUGUUUCUUUCGAAGAAGAUACUGCUCGACGGUCCAGUCUACCACAGAAAGGGUUUGACCUGUCGUAUCGCAAUUCCGUCACAUCAAAUUCGACAGCUCACUCGACAGCGCAACGUAGCCAAAGCACCUCGUCCCGCUUCUCUCUUCCACCCCGUGCUAUGAGUCCUUACACCGGUGCCACAGGACCAAGCCACCCGUACGCGAUGUACCCGCAGGUCGGAGUCAGUCGCUCACCCAGUGUGGCCACUACCUCGACCAUUCGCCCAGUGGAUGGACCUUUGAUUGAUUCAAACGCCCCGCAGCACCCGUACGCAAUGUACUCACAGAACGUGGUAGUGGAGGAGGGCUUAGAUGAUCCAAUUAUACCUAUGGGCUUUCCGGGACACAAUCUUGAAGCGUAUCAUAGACCGCCCAAUCGCGCGGCUGAUGAUGUCGGCGAUCUGAUCGGACCGGAUGGUUAUACUGAGCAGCUUCCGCCUUAUACUCGGUACCCUGAGGGUGCUUCGCCAAAGCUAGAACCGUCGGUUGUUGCACUCCCGGAUGCCCCGGCUAUCCCGUCCCAACCUAGCGGCAGCAGCGAACGAGACGCCGCCACCUCGGAUGCAUCUUCGAGAACAAUGGUUCCUGGGGCAAUGACUGCCGGCACGGUAGCGGCGGGAUCCAUGGCUGCCGGGGCAAUGGCUGCUGGGAACCAACCGGCUGAACGUGGAGUCGGAGCCCCAGCCGGACAACCACCAACUGGGGUUAUGGCAUUUGAGGAAAAACUAAAGAGAAGGGGCCAGAAGAAAGUAUGCUGUGGUCUACCGGUUUGGACAUUGGUUUUGAUAUCUGUUGUCAUGCUUGUUGGAGGGAGCAUCGGAGGUGCCAUUGGUGGUGUCCUAGGGGCUAGGAAAGCCGCAGAGGACGCAAGUGACUCGGAUGAAACGCAUAUUACAACUGUGACCGUCCCUCCUCGGACGGAUGCAACGCCCAUAACUGCCACCCCAUACAACCUACCACCUAUUCCUACAGGCCAGUAUGCAAUUCCAGCCGCGCCAAAGAAUCAGUCCAAGUUUUGCAUCCUUGAUCAAGAUCAAACUCCAACAUGGGGUUGCUAUAACCAGAAACCUAUUCCCAUUGAAAUUGGAGGCGAUGAGAACGAUAGGACCAUCGAUUUUUACAGCAACCCACUGCCACAGACCGUGACGUACGGUGCCCAGGCGCCUUUCUUCACCCAAGACUCAAUGCCUCUUGAGCUGGUGAUGGAUACGAGCGAUCUUAGUCUUGGACCCGCUCUAAACUUUUUCACCUUUUUUGACAAACUAAUUGUUGUUCCCGAAGAUACAUUCUCUACAUCAGACUUAUCUACACGGUCUGUUUCAGAAGACGAAGUAUUCGCUGGUGUACACCACCGCAGGCGCUCGAGCGACGUGGGGGAUCGACCGUGGUUUUGCUGGUGGAAUAGUACUGCGAUGGAGUUCUUCCUCUACGUCAAUGAGACAACCAAAGAGUCGCGAUACUCAUCUUCCGAGUCAAGCUCGAGCAGCAAGUCGAGUGAUGACGAUGAUAGCGAAGUUUACACAACUGACUCUCUCUCAAGACGUGGAGAUAGCUCGCUAUCAAAUUAUCCACGCAGAAUCAAAAUGGAAGAAAAGCGAGAUAACGCGGAAGCACACGCCCCCUAUUGUCAACAGAUGCAAGUCAUGGAUAAUGGAGCAUUCGCAACGGUGUCUCCUGAAACAAUCGCAAUCAGCGUGAAUGAACCAACGCCAACAUCAACAUAUAAGGGCGACGGAAGUGCCACAGCGACUUGGACGGCAAAAGCGCAAUAUCAAAGUAUAUGUUAUUGUGUCUCGUUGACGGACUAG